AUGUCGGCGCAGGCCCAGAUGCGCGCGAUGCUGGACCAGUUGAUGGGCACCUCCCGGGACGGAGGUACUACUCGUCAACGGAUCAAAUUCAGUGAUGACAGAGUAUGCAAGAGUCACCUUCUGAAUUGUUGCCCCCAUGAUGUCCUGUCUGGAACUAGAAUGGAUCUUGGAGAAUGUCUGAAAGUCCAUGACCUGGCUUUAAGAGCAGAUUAUGAAAUUGCAUCCAAAGAACAAGAUUUUUUCUUUGAACUCGACGCUAUGGAUCAUCUAAAGUCAUUCAUUGCAGAUUGUGAUCGAAGAACAGAAGUGGCUAAGAAAAGAUUAGCAGAAACUCAGGAAGAGAUUAGUGCUGAAGUUGCAGCAAAGGCAGAACGUGUUCAUGAGUUAAAUGAAGAAAUCGGUAAAUUGUUGGCUAAGGUGGAACAGCUAGGAGCUGAAGGGAAUGUGGAGGAAUCCCGGAAAGUAAUGGAUGAAGUAGAGAAAGCACGGGCAAAGAAAAGAGAAGCAGAGGAAGUUUAUCGGAAUUCUAUGCCAGCUUCCAGUUUCCAGCAGGAGAAACUUCGAGUCUGUGAAGUUUGCUCUGCCUAUUUAGGUCUUCAUGAUAAUGACAGACGACUGGCUGAUCAUUUUGGGGGUAAACUGCACCUGGGAUUUAUUGAAAUAAGAGAGAAGCUUGAAGAAUUAAAGAGAGUUGUAGCUGAGAAGCAGGAGAAAAGAAACCAGGAACGCCUGAAAAGAAGAGAAGAAAGGGAGAGAGAAGAAAGGGAGAAGCUGAGGAGGUCUCGAUCACAUAGCAAGAAUCCUAAAAGAUCCAGGUCCAGAGAGCAUCGCAGACAUAGGUCUCGCUCCAUGUCACGGGAACGGAAAAGGAGAACUCGAUCCAAAUCCCGGGAGAAACGCCAUCGCCAGAGGUCCCGCUCCAGCAGCCGUAGUCGCAGCCGCAGCCACCAGAGAAGUGGGCACAGUUCUAGAGACAGGAGCAGAGAGCGAUCCAGGAGGAGAUCCUCAAAAGAGAGAUUCAGAGAACACGACUUAGCAUCACGUGACAGAGACAGGAAUUCAAGAGACAGAUCACCUCGUGACAGAGAUCGAAAAGAUAAGAAGCGGUCCUAUGAGAGCGCUAAUGGCAGAUCAGAAGACAGGCGGAGCUCUGAAGAGCGCGAAGCAGGGGAGAUAUAAUUAGCUGUGUACAUAUCCUCAAUCCUUAAGCUUCCUCUGGAGUUACAUACUAUUGUUUAGUUUACAGCUGUUCAGGGUGACACAGUGAGCAGUUCCAGACACCGAUCCAGCUAGGCUAGGUGUACAGCAUCUAACUUGAUCUGAACUUGUUUUCUUUGAUGAAGCCUAAAACUACAUCCAUAGUUUCUGGUGAACUUGUAAUACACUCCUGAAGGUACAGUUUUAUAUAAUAAGAUGCUGAUGUCUUUAUUCUUUCUAGUAGGAGUGAUAGUGAAUGAAUUGUGUUACUUGCCUUGGGAUUUUUUGAACAUUUGUAAAAUGCUGUCUUCCUUUCUCGUCCAAAAAACAGCAACUUUGGGAAUUUCUUUUUAAUCCUUCUUCCUUUGACUCUGUAUCCCCUGAUACCUCUACCCUCUAAUUGUAAGAGAAAGGGGUGCAGGGAAGCAAUAUAACUUCUGUUCUAAGGUUCUAUUCCCAUUAUUAAUUACUAGCUGAUUACAGUUCAGAACAUUUAUACUGGAAUGUGUGCUGGAGAAAUUUAAAAUACUGGGAGUUUUGUCUGUCUGAUGGUGCCUAUU